GCAGCCAAGGCGGGGUUUGCGGCUGCGUUAGAAUCCUCUCUAGCUCGCGCGCUGUAAUAAUAAAGCGUUUCAAUGACAGCUAUUGUCGUAACAAAAAAUAUAUAAUCACUCCUUUUUUACUGUAAUAAUAAGUAGCUUCAAGAGAGGAAAACAUGACAGACACGGAAAAAAUACGACAUGAAGAGGACUAUAUUGGUGAGAUCAAAGGGGGCCUACGUCCGUCUAUGAGAUUGGUAGUGAUGGGCAUUGUUCACAAACAGCCGAAAAGCAUGGUGGUGACGUUAUCCUGCUCAUCUCGGGCAGAGGGCAAGGAGGAAGAGGAGAAGGGGGACGUGGGCUUGCAGUUGACGGUGAGCUUCGGUCAGAAGUCCGUGCUACGUAACUCCCGAUUGGCUGGAGAGUGGGGAGCUUCGGAAAGCGCCAUCUCCUUCUUCCCGUUCGCUGCCGGAGAGUCCUUUAAGAUGGAGAUCGUUUGCGAACACCAGCAGUUCCGCAUCCUGGUGGACGGCCAGCCAUUGUGCGGAUUCUCUCACAGAGUCACCCAGCUAGCGUCCCUCACUUCCCUACGAGUCUUCGGAGACCUGCAGCUCACCAAGGUCGCCUGAGUGCGAUCCUCGCCACGACAACGCCACGACGAUGCCACAACAGUGCCACGACACUCUAAUUCAUUAACAGACCCAUCCUUUUUUUAACUUAUAAUCACCAGUGUGUUUCUAAGAGUCACUGCUGAGACGUAGUGUGUAUACCUUCAGGUGGGGCAGUGUGAACAUCUGAAGAUGAAACUCUUACAUACCUAAUGCAUGAUUUUGCUUUUAAACUUAAUUUACCGAUCUUCAUCAUUGAUCAGCCCACACAGCUGUACAGCACUCUCAAACAUAACGUGCAAAACAAUAACAGCAGGAUCCUUUAAUGUGCAGAAAUGUUUGAAAAGGAAGCACUGCUUGGAAUAAUUCAUAAUGGUUUUGAAAGUUGAGUGGCUGAUUUGGGUUUUCAGUGCUUACAUGGUCAUAUGGUAAUUGUUCAUGCUUGAAAGUCAAAUGAGCAUUACAUCUACCAACCUUUCACGUGUUGGCUGCAGUCAGUAGUAUCUACAAAGAUUCAGGCCUCCAAGAACACUUGUUUGAAACGACCAUUUUGUCCUGAUGCAGAUAAACCUACCAAGCUGCAAUUUUUCACUAUUAAACUAGAAUUAUACUAAUUAAAUGAACCAAACUAUUACUCUGCUAGCCUCUAUUAUGUAAUUUCAUUCAUUUAUUUCUACAUCACUACAAAUGGUGGAGGUAGUUCGUAAAUUCCCAAUUGAUUACUUUUAUCUGCUACUACCUUGGAUUAACUCGUUACUGUGGCUCUUUCAAAUAACAACAGAAGUGCCUUCAUGAGUGUCUGUGCUUUCACUGACUUAAUGGAGAACGUAGAAAUACUUCUGAAUAAUUUUAGUAAGUCUCUUUAAGAGACUGGUGAAAUAAUAGCAUGCAUGGUGUUUAAGUUAAGAACGUAUCUGUUGUAGACACACCUCUAGGAUUUGAAUACAGGGAUUCUAGCUAGACUCUGAAGCUGAGAUAUGCUGCAUUACAGUUUGCAUAUGGUAAUUAGAAUUUUGGGGUAUGUCACAUGCACAGGUCAUAGAUCUGACUGCUUGAAGAAAAGACAAAAUAAAAAGAUGAAAACUGAUUCAACAUGCUGUAUAUCUGCAAUAUUUCAAACAAUAAAAGUAUAAGGGCAUUUUUGCAAA